AAUAAUUUUAAUUGCAAUCAAAAAUAUAAGUUGAAAUCAUAAAACCGGUGACAAUCACACUAAUCGUUAUCGUGACGCGGGGUAUGGACAUCACUAUAAACAAUGAAGAAAUAAAAUGGCCGUCGAGUGGGUCGCCGUAAAUAUGUCGAGUUAUUUUGCUAAAUGUUCGUUUUUAUCACAAUUACAAUGCGAAUACUGUCUGAAAUGAAUAUUGAAAAAGUGUAUUUAUCAAUAAACUUUAUGUGUGUGUCAUUUGUGUAAAGAAUUAUGUAAGAACGAAGAGUUUUCGUCGUUUGUUGUAUCAAUCGGGCAGCUAGAACAAAUGCAUGAAAAUGGGACUCUCUCAUUUGUUGUUGUUUAUAGCGAUAAUCCGUUUGAUAAGUGUUUCCACAAAAGCAGAAAAUGUUGAGUGCCCACACAAAUGCGAUUGCCUGGAGCAGUACGUUGAUUGUUCAAAAAAGAAUUUCGUAGCUGUGCCAAAAAUUCCUAAGUGGGUGGAACGAUUGGAUCUCAGUUAUAAUAGAUUGAAUGAAAACGUAACGGAAGCUUUCGACAAACUAUUGAAUUUACAAGAAUUAAAGCUAGACAAGAACUCUUUUCAAUCUAUACCAAGUUUAGUACACCAUGAACAAUUACAAGAACUGAGUUUGAAUAGGAAUAACAUUGGAUCAAUAGACACAGGUACAUUUCCAGCUAACAGUUCCAUCAGAAUAUUAAAUGUCAAUAGCAACCACAUUCAAUUCAUUCAGGAAGGAGCUUUAACAAAUUUGACCAAUUUAGAAGUCUUGAAACUAAACAGGAAUGAAAUAAAAUCACUGCCUAAUCACUUGUUUAGGCAUCAGACCAAUCUGAGAACUCUAGAAUUGAAUCAUAAUAAGCUACAUGUGAUCAGUCCACUGUUAUUUCAAGGUUUGUCUAAUCUGACUACACUAAAGCUCAGAUUUAAUAAUAUUGACAAUAUAAUGGAUGGUGCCUUUUUUGGAUUCAAGUCCAUGAAUUUGUUACAAUUGGACCAUAAUAGAAUAAGAAAUAUUUCUAAAGGCUGGAUGUAUGGAUUAGAGUCAUUGAUAACAUUGUCCAUGUCCAACAAUUUGAUAUCAGAAAUUGACUCUGGAAGCUGGGAACUGUGCACGAAUUUGGAAGUUUUGGACCUUUCUCAUAACCAUUUGUUAGAAGUGGAAGGGAAAUCAUUUCAACACCUAAUCAAUCUGCGAACACUCAACCUUGGUUACAACAAAAUUUCCUCAAUUUCUCAAGAUGCUUUUGGUUACAUGACCCAGCUGCAAACCCUGCAGUUAAAUAACAACAAAAUAUCAUGGACAGUAGAAGACAUGUCUGGACCAUUUUCGAAGCUGCAAAAUUUGAAUUCUUUUAGUUUGGCUGCCAACCAUAUAAAAUCAAUUAACUCAAGAGCUUUUGAUGGGUUGUCCAAUCUAGUUGAAUUAGACUUGAAGGGAAAUAAUAUAACUUCUAUCCAACAGCAUGCUUUUGAUUCCAUGUCAAAACUAAGGAAAUUACAUUUGAACUCUUCAUCAUUACUCUGUGAUUGCAAUUUACUAUGGAUAGUAAAAUGGAUAAAAGAUAAGGCUGAACAGAAGUAUGUCACAGCAAACUGUGCAUACCCAUCUGAUGUUCGAGGAGUAUCAGUUACUAAACUUAAGGAAGAUAACUGUGGGGAUUCACCAAAGCCAAAAGUUGUGGAACAUCCCAAAACUCAUCUUGCCAUAAAGGGACGAUCAGCUAACUUAGUGUGCUCUGCAACAUCCAUUCCAUUCAAUAAUAUGACAUUUUUGUGGAGAAAAAACAAUGGAAAUGUUAGCAACCCUGUGGUGUAUGAGAAUAUUACAAUUGGAAAUAAUGGUCAACCCAGAGCAACAUCAAUGUUGGUAAUUCCCAAUGUGACACAUGCUGAUUCUGGGAAAUAUCAAUGUGUUGUUAGUAACAACUUUGGAACAACAUAUUCCACUAAGGCUAAGGUUAAUAUUGUCACUUUUCCACGGUUUACAAAAACUCCUACUAAUGUGACUGUAAAGACUGGUGAGACUGUGACACUUAAUUGUGCAGCCACAGGGGACCCACCACCAGAAAUAUCCUGGAAGAAAGAUGGAGGAAAUGAUUUUCCAGCUGCAAGAGAAAGAAGAAUGAAUGUUAUGCCAACUGAUCACUUAUUCUUCAUAGUAAAUGCAAAAACAACAGACAUGGGAAUAUACAGUUGUGCAGCUAAGAAUCCAGCUGGAACUCUUAUUGCAAAUGCUACACUUACAGUAUUGCAAGAACCAUCAUUUGUUAGAGUUAUGGAAAAUAAAGAAGUGACAAGUGGUGAUUCUGUGGUUUUACAAUGUAUGAUAUCAGGAUCUCCAAAGCCUGUGAUAAAAUGGCUUAAAGAUGGAUCCCCAAUUGUUGCUACUGAGCGGCACUUCCUGACUGCUGAUGAUCAGCUUCUGAUUAUUAUUGGGUCAGAAUCUAGUGAUGCGGGUCGAUACGAGUGUGAGAUUACUAAUGAGUUAGGUACUAAGAAAGAUAUGACUGAGUUACGAGUGUUACCUCCAGUAGCCAUAAUGGUGAAUGAGGAAAAUAUGGCCGGUAUUAUAAUUAUUACAGUGGUGUGUUGUGCAGUAGGAACUUCUAUAAUUUGGGUGGUAAUAAUUUACCACACUCGUAGACGCAUGGCUAGUGCUGUGCAUACGUUUCCCGCCGAAAGUAUAAAAAUGACACAUGUAGUGCAUAGUGACAGUGAUUCACCUCAAAUGUUUUCAGACAAUAUAUCUGAGCACUCUUCGUGUAAAGAUAGUGGGACUGGUGACUCUGCUAAACAAACAAGUUUUGACGGUGUGCCUACUGAUAGGAGUGAACAAGUGCAUUUUGAGACUGUACGCCAGAGCUAUUCUCCAGUGCCUGAGGCACAUAAGCUACUUCCGUCUUCUUUUAAACCCUCAAUUCAAGUGUGUGUAAAUACAUCUGUUACACCAGCUACAUAUAGUUUUUCUAGUCACAGUGGUAAUGUUUAAGUUUAUGAUGUACAUAUAUAUUUCUAUAGUUUAUUUUAAGUAAUAGGUUCAAUCAUACCUAUAUUUCCUGCAGUUUCACUAAUUACAUUCAUUAUCUCACCUUUUUAUAGUACAGGGUGAGUCAGACAACAAGCAAAUUAAUUUUUAUUAAUUCCCAGGACAUUAUAUUGUAGCUAUAUUAUGUAAAUGUAGAUACAACAUUGACUUAUAGAAUUUCUAAUGAUCAUACUACUUAUGUAAAUAUCGAAUUCUUAUUAGAAUGUGUAAAGGAGUAAGUUUCCACUAUGAUGAAACAAAGAGAAACCAAUUGGUUUUUAUUUCAAUAAUAAUCUACUUUACAUUAUUGUUAAAUAAAGUAGACAUGAGGGUCUAAAACUACUUCACAAAAUCUUUAUUUUUCUUGCAAAUACUGUUCAACAAUUGAUUGAUAUGUGAUAUAAGAACAUAAUUUUUAUUUAAUUGACUAUCAUCAAAUGUAUUGUGAGUCAAACAAAUCAAAUAAUAGUAAUUUCUAGGAGUUAUGAUUGUAAUUUUUCUAGAAAUUUGUAUUAUUUAGUCAACCAACCAAUACUUAUGAUUGAGCUACCUAUGUAUGUAUAGCAUAUUUUUAUGUUUACUGCAUGCUAGGAAAUUUUGUCUACAGUUUACUUAUGUUAGUAGUUAUGUUUGUGAACAAUUGAUUGUUGCUAUGGUCCCAGUUGUACAAUAACUUAAAACAUUCAUCAAUACAUUAGUGUAGUUAGUGAAAGGGCAAUAAAGUUAGGCAUCUAUGUAACUUGAUUGCUUAGUACAAAAUGUAACAAACUUGCCAGUAUUGGUUUUGAUGUAAAAGACUGAAUGUCGUUUAAGUAAUAAGUAUAUGAUUACUGUUAUUUUGUAAUAUUAAAUAGGCAAUAAAUAUUUUUAAAUUUGUUAUUUCAUAACAAUUUUUAGAUGCUAUGUCAUGUGAUUUACCUAGCAGCUUUUUAUAUUAGGUGAAACUUGGUAUGGACUUAAACUUAAGUAUAAAGUAUAUGAGACAUUGUAGUGUAAUUAUUCAAAUUGCAUUUCGAAAAAAUACUUAAAGUGCACUUAAAUUAAACCAGAUUUUUCUUAUGACCAGUUCAGAGCAUAUAAAAUGAUUUUGUGCCUGGAACUAUAUAAUUAUGCAGUGGUUUUUGUGAGCUUAUGCGUACCAUAGUAAUCCACCUAUACUGUUUUGUACCUAGAAAAUAUAAUGUUGAUAAUUAAAAUUAAUAACAAUAGAAAUCAUUAGUAAUGUUAUGUAUAAUGCAGGUAAUUUAAUUAGAUACUAAAAUGUGUAAGUUAAUAAUGUGUAGAAUAAUAUAAUGGGAGUGUGAGAUUAUUGGAUAUUUAUGAAAAUGGGCAUGAACCUCUGAAAGUAAGAAAUGCAGUUAUUAAACUUGAUGCUCACGCAACAAAAAUCCAGAUAAAAUUAAAUACUAAUGAAAGUUUUUGUACUAGUAUUAACAAAAGAACAAAUAAUAUAAAUAAAAAUUGGUUGACAAUGCUCAUAAUUAUGUAAAGACACAUACAUAUUGUUGGUACAGGAAGUGCAGCAACUGUGUGACCCUGGUGAUGAGUAUUACAUAACAAAUUCUGCUUGAUUGGUAUAUUUUCAAACAAAAAGGCCUCUUUUUUACAUUUGUCAUUUAACUGUCUUAAAAUAAGGGGUUUAUAAUUUGUCAAUACUUACAUGCCUAGAGAAAAAUCUUGUCGAUCCUAAACCUUAGAAUAACGAGUUGAUUAGUUUAUUUUUAUAAAAUCAGUUCCUCAGUACAUAAUUUUAAACAUUGUUACAAAUAACUUCAACUUAAAUACAUUGCUGCAUUUCUUAAUUUUGAUAAUACAUAAUUGUAAAAAAGUAACGUAAAUUAAAUAGUAAUAAUGCAGUUUUUUAUUGUUUAUACUGUGUAAAUACGGUAACUAUUUAUAUACUUUACAGAAUAAAAUAAUCUAAGAAUAAGAA